CGGCCCCAAACGAAACUGCUGAACGUCAUGGUGGUGGUGGUGGUGUGGUGGAGGCGUCGCAGGAGGACGCCGCUGCCGCCGAAGAGUGCCCCCCCCCCCCCCCGCCGUGACUUUUCUGAUCAUUCGCUGCUUCGUGUUUGACACAGACCUGCUGUGUUUAUCGCAUUAGCGCGGUGGAAAAGGGCUGUGAACUGGUGGUCAAACGGCUUCCUGUUUGAGCUGCAAGUGCUGCGGUUAGUGUUACCUCAGCUCAGCUCAGCUCAGCUCAGCCAAGCCAGCUCUCGACCGAGGAGACCAAGUUUUUACCCAGAGCCUUUACUGAGAACUGUUCCAGACAUCCGGGUGUUCAGCGAGAGGAACACCGACAGUUUCCAGUUUGUCGCUGUCGCUUCAUUUGGACUGUCCACCAUGCCGUCAGUGCGGCUGAGCGCUCUCUCCGUGUUUACUGUCAUUAGCCUUGUUUGGUGUCUGGCUGCCCCGGGGACGUCGUAUCCUCUUCAGGAUGAGACGGACAUCGCCGACCUGAGGGCUGGGAACCCCAUGCACAAUUUCCAGGUUCGGUUCAGCUGGCACAACAUAAGCUGUCCGUUAUGUAAAGCCCUCUUCACCAUCGUGGACGUUGCCCUAUUGGGUCACGUGAUUGCUCAGCUGACUCUGCCGGCCCCAAACGAAACUGCUGAACGUCAUGGUGGUGGUGGUGUUGUGGUGGAGGCGUCGCAGGAGGACGCCGCUGCCGCCGAAGAGUGCCCCCCCCCCCCCCGCCGUGACUUUUCUGAUCAUUCGCUGCUUCGUGUUUGACACAGACCUGCUGUGUUUAUCGCAUUAGCGCGGUGGAAAAAGGGCUGUGAACUGGUGGUCAAACGGCUUCCUGUUUGAGCUGCAAGUGCUGCGGUUAGUGUUACCUCAGCUCAGCUCAGCUCAGCUCAGCCAAGCCAGCUCUCGACCGAGGAGACCAAGUUUUUACCCAGAGCCUUUACUGAGAACUGUUCCAGACAUCCGGGUGUUCAGCGAGAGGAACACCGACAGUUUCCAGUUUGUCGCUGUCGCUUCAUUUGGACUGUCCACCAUGCCGUCAGUGCGGCUGAGCGCUCUCUCCGUGUUUACUGUCAUUAGCCUUGUUUGGUGUCUGGCUGCCCCGGGGACGUCGUAUCCUCUUCAGGAUGAGACGGACAUCGCCGACCUGAGGGCUGGGAACCCCAUGCACAAUUUCCAGGUUCGGUUCAGCUGGCACAACAUAAGCUGUCCGUUAUGUAAAGCCCUCUUCACCAUCGUGGACGUUGCCCUAUUGAGUGACACGAACAUGGAGCAUGUGGCUCGUGCAGUUGGUGAAGCCUGCAUUCGUUUACACUUGGCUGAGGAAAAAGUGUGUCGAGAGAUUACAGAGCUCUUCCGUGACGACUUCAUUCGUGCCCUGCAGGAGUCUGUUCUUUGGCCCUCAGAGGCCUGUGGUGUACUGCUGGGACCUAGUUGUGGUCAUUUUGACAUCUAUGCUCCCUGGAAUGUCACCCUGCCCAAGGUCCCCAAACCUCCAGUGGUUCCUCCAAGACCACCCAAGCCUGGCUCGCCUCAGAGCCGAGUCCUGUUCCUCACCGAUAUCCACUGGGAUGCACAGUACGCAGAGGGCAGCGCAGCUGACUGUAAAGAGCCUUUAUGCUGCAGGAAUGAGUCUGGUCGGGCUAGCUGGAAAAGUCGUGGUGCAGGGUACUGGGGGACUUACAGUAAGUGUGACCUCCCUCUGCGUACAGUAGAAAACCUUCUUCAGAAACUAGCCAAGGCAGGACCAUGGGAUUGGGUGUACUGGACUGGAGACAUCCCUGCACACAACGUUUGGUCCCAAACAAGGGCCCAGCAGCUGAAUGAGCUAACCACCAUCUCCAAGCUUGUCCGCAAGCACCUCGGACCCCAGGUUACUGUGUAUCCAGCCGUGGGCAACCAUGAGAGCACCCCGGUUAACAGCUUCCCUCCUCCAUUUGUACAUGGGAACCGGUCUUCUCAUUGGCUGUAUGAUACCAUGGCAGAGGAGUGGGCUCCCUGGCUGCCAGCUGAAGCGCUGGAGACCUUGCGGCGAGGAGGAUUCUACACGGCCCAGGUGCAGUCAGGUCUCAGAGUGGUGUCUUUGAAUAUGAACUUCUGCGCGAGGGAGAACUUCUGGCUGAUGGUGAACUCUACAGAUCCAGCAGGCCAGCUGCAGUGGCUUGUACACAUUCUGCAGGAGGCUGAGAAUAAAGGAGAGAAGGUGCACAUCAUUGGCCACAUCCCCCCUGGACUCUGUCUGAGUAGCUGGAGCUGGAACUACUAUCACAUAGUCAACAGGUAUGAAAGUACUAUAACCGGACAGUUUUUUGGACACACACACCUUGAUGAAUUUCAGAUGUUUUAUGAUGAGGAGACGAUGUCUCGCCCUGUGGGUGUGGCUUACAUUGCUCCAAGUGUUACCACCUACAUUAACCUGAAUCCAGGAUAUCGUGUGUACUAUGUCGAUGGUAACUACUCUGGCAGCAGCCGCCUUGUCUUGGAUCAUGAAACCUUCAUCCUCAACCUCACUUUGGCUAAUGGUUAUGAGGAUGUUUCAGGAGGGCUUCCCAAGCCACUUCCAGACCCAGCCUGGACACUGCUGUAUCGGGCCUCCCAGGCCUAUGGCUUGUCUACACUGUUCCCCUCUAACUGGGACUCUUUGAUUCAAGUCUUUUAUAAAGAAGAUCAAGUCUUUCAGGACUUUUGGUAUUUCAGACACAAAGGCCAUGUGUCUGAGCCCUGCAAAGAAGUAUGUAAAAGUACGCUGAUCUGCUUCCUGCACAGUGGCCGCUAUGACCUGCUGCAGCAGUGUGAUCUACUGUACCAAGCCAAAGGACAAAGAGCACGUUCUGUCAGAAAGACCCUAUGUUGAUUAGACAAGCUUGAGCUCUAAGUCCACAGAGAGUAUUGAAGAGGUUACUGAUGAAUUGGUGUUUCGUAAUAAGAAGAGAAUCUCAGUAAGCUGGUAUUUUGUAGUUUAGUGGUAUGUUUGAGCAUUUUGACUUGUUAGCCAAAGAUUAUCUGUCUCUUUGGUAUUGCUAUGCACAUUUGCCUAAAUGCUUUAAUGCUUGCCAUUUAAUUAUUAAAUGCCAGUCUGCAUUGGGUUAACAUACCUCAGGGUGUUGUUGUAAUGAAUGAAACCAAGUAAUUUGAAUCAUCACAGUCAUACACAUAUAGGCAUCAGGCUGUUGCAAGCAAUGUUUGCAAAAGAAUCAUUUAAAAGGCAAAGUAUAUUUGACUUGAAGGAGAAUGAACCUGCACAUUGAGACAGGCUGUGGAAGUUAUGUAAAGGUCAUGGUAUGGAUACUGUUCUCUCCUACACAUUCACGCUGCCUCUAUGGAGAGUGCCUCUUGUUUCCUCUUGGAGUGGAGCAAUAUGGUGGAUUAUGUUCAUUUGCACAAUCCUAUAGCUUUUAUCACUAUCACUAGUACUCAUUUAGGUCAGGCCUUUACUGUAAACAGUAGAAUAUUUUCACACAUUGCACAAUAUAGAACUUCCUUUAUUGCUUAAAGUUGGUAUAACCCUUUAUACAUGUGUGACCAUGUUCUCUGAAUGUGUGAACAGAUGUAGAAAAGUCCAUUCCCUCUAUGGUUUGUUCUGUAACAAAGCACUCAGUUGAGUGAGUGAUGAAAUUUUGACUUCACUGGAGUUGAUUUUGAAUGUUGAUUUAACUAGUGUAUAUUUGGAAUGAAUGAUUAAAUUAAUUUUUGCCAUUCAGCACUU